CUUAAAGAGAACCAGAUUCAUACACAAAAUGUAAGAUAAUUUAUUGGCUAUAAAAUAUAAAUGAUGGUAUUUCUGAAAGGUUAGCAAUGCAUGCCUGUCUCGUUUCCCUCUUUCUCUCUCUCUCUCUCUCUCUCUCUGAUAGUCACUUCAAUCAAAUGGAACCAGGAAAUGAUACACAAAUUUCAGAAUUUCUUCUUCUGGGAUUUUCACAAGAACCUGGACUGCAACCCUUCCUCUUUGGGCUGUUCCUGUCCAUGUACCUGGUCACUGUGCUCGGGAACCUGCUCAUCAUCCUGGCCACAAUCUCAGACUCCCACCUCCACACCCCCAUGUACUUCUUCCUCUCCAACCUGUCCUUUGCUGACAUUUGUGUUACUUCCACCACCAUUCCAAAAAUGCUGAUGAACAUCCAGACACAGAACAAAGUCAUCACCUACACAGCCUGCCUCAUGCAGAUGUAUUUUUUCAUACUCUUUGCUGGAUUUGAAAACUUCCUCCUGGCCGUGAUGGCCUAUGAUCGGUUUGUGGCCAUCUGUCACCCCCUGCACUACAUGGUCAUUAUGAACCCUCACCUCUGUGGACUGCUGGUUCUGGCGUCCUGGACCAUGAGUGCUCUGUAUUCCUUGCUACAAAUCUUAAUGGUAGUACGGCUGUCCUUCUGCACAGCCUUAGAAAUCCCCCACUUUUUCUGUGAACUUAAUCAGGUCAUCCAACUUGCUUGUUCUGAUAGCUUUCUUAAUCACAUGGUGAUAUAUUUUACAGUUGCGCUGCUGGGUGGAGGUCCCCUGACUGGGAUCCUUUACUCUUACUCUAAGAUAAUUUCCUCCAUACAUGCAAUCUCAUCAGCUCAGGGGAAGUACAAGGCAUUUUCCACCUCUGCAUCUCACCUCUCAGUUGUCUCCUUAUUUUAUGGUGCAAUCCUAGGGGUGUACCUUAGUUCUGCUGCCACCCGCAACUCACACUCAAGUGCAACAGCCUCAGUGAUGUACACUGUGGUCACCCCCAUGCUGAACCCCUUUAUCUAUAGUCUGAGGAAUAAAGACAUAAAGAGGGCUCUGGGAAUACAUUUGUUGUGGGGAACAAUGAAAGGGCAAUUUUUCAAGAAGUGCCCAUGAUUGCAGGGCUCUAAGCUUCAGAGGUAGUAACUGUCAUUCUUCAAUCAGAUAGUGGAAAUAGAACUUG